CAGUCAUCAUCACAAUACACACAAUCUUUUUUAUAUGAUGAUAUAUCAACACUUGAUUUACAAAAUUCUUCCGUAUGUUUUAUGCAACAUAACUCUCUUGUGUCUGAUAUACUUGAGGUAAAUACUACAGAAAAUGAUGUCUAUGCUAAGCAAAAUGGUUUUGUCACAAUUAUUGUUAGAUCUAAAUCUGAUGAUAUUACACGUAGAAGAUAUAG